GGCGUUGGCACGCUGGGUCUUCCGCGGUCCUCCCCGGGGCGCGCAAAUGGUUGUCUUGGCUACGGAUCCUACAGGUCCCUGGCCUUGAAAGCGCUUGCGGCUGGGCUGCAGCCCGAACAGCAGACUGGAGAAGUUCUCGGCUCCUCGAAGUGGCGGCGGUGACGGUUGGUCCAGGCUUUAGUGUGGAGUAAUUGAAGCUUUCGAGUCUACGAAGUUCUACUCAAAUUCACUAAGACUCGGCCCCAGCGGACUAUCUUCCCCUGGUGUUUUUACUCUGUGGCCACCUCUAUUCCGACCUCAAUUACUUUGUACUCCUAUCCAAAUCCGUCAAGAAUAGGAUUGACGUAGAAUUUUGGACAAGAAAACUGACCCAUACCAAUAAAGAUGUCUCGGAAAAUUCCUAAGGAGUUCAAAAAAGUGAACAUCUCUAGUUCUCUGGAAUCUGAAGAUAUUAGUUUAGAAACAACAGUACCUACAGAUGACAUUUCCUCAUCGGAAGAGAGAGAAGGUAAAAUCAAAGUCACCAGACAGCUAAUUGAACGGAAAGAACUACUUCAUAAUAUUCAGUUACUGAAAAUAGAGCUAUCCCAGAAAAAUAUGAUGAUCGACAAUUUGAAAGUGGAUUAUCUUACAAAGAUUGAAGAAUUGGAGGAGAAACUUAAUGAUGCACUGCACCAGAAACAGCUGCUAACAUUGAGAUUAGACAAUCAAUUGACUUUUCAGCAAAAGGAUGCCAGAAAAUAUCAAGAACUAAUGAAACAAGAAAUGGAAACUAUUCUGUUGAGACAGAAACAAUUGGAGGAGACAAAUCUUCAACUAAGAGAGAAGGCUGGAGAUAUUCGUCGAAACCUGCGUGACUUUGAGUUAACAGAAGAGCAAUAUACGAAAUUAAAACCUUUUCCUGAAGAUCAGCUUUCUAUUCCUGAGUAUGUAUCUAUUCGAUUCUUUGAACUAGUGAAUCCAUUGAGAAGGGAAAUCUGUGAACUACAAAUGAAAAAGAAUGACCUGUCAGAAGAAUUAAGUGCAAACAAAGGCCAACUGAAACAGCUGACAGAGAAAUAUGAGGAAGAGCGAAGAAACUGCUCUGAUUUUCAAAUUCGAUGUCAACGUUUGGCCUUAGAAUUAGCGGACACAAAACAGUUAAUUCAACAAGGUGACUACCGUCAAGAGAACUAUGAUAAAGUCAAGAGUGAACGUGAUGCACUUGAACAGGAAAUAAUUGAGUUAAGGAGAAAUCAUGAAAUACUUGAAGCCUCUUAUAAAACUCAAAUUAAAGAAAGAAGUGAAUUAUCAAAAGAGGUAACCACCUUACAGCAGACCGUUACUUUACUGCAAAAGGAUAAAGAUUAUCUCAAUCGCGAAAACAUGGAACUUAGUGUUCGUCGUGCCCAUGAAGAGGAUCGCCUUGAAAGACUUCAAGCACAGCUCGAAGAAACCAAAAAGGCUAGAGAAGAGAUGUAUGAAAAAUAUGUAACAUCCAGAGACCAUUAUAAAACAGAAUAUGAAAAUAAACUACGUGAUGAACUAGAACAAAUCAGAUUGAAAACUAAUCAAGAAAUUGAUCAACUUCGAAGUGCCUCUAGGGAAAUGUAUGAAAGGGAAAACAGAAAUCUCCGAGAAGCAAGGGAUAACGCUGUGGCUGAGAAGGACAGAGCAGUGAUGGCUGAAAAGCAUGCUUUAGAAAAACACGAUCAGCUCUUAAACAGAUACAGAGAAUUACAACUUAGUGCGGAAAACAAAGUGACAGAAUUUCUCCAUCAAAGUAAAUUAAAAACUUUUGAGAGCGAGCGUGUUCAAAUUCUACAAGAAGAAACUGCACGAAAUCUCACACAGUGUCAAUUAGAAUGUGAAAAAUAUCAGAAAAAAUUGGAGGUAUUAACUAAAGAAUUUUAUAGUCUCCAAGCCUCUUCUGAAAAACGCAUUACCGAACUUCAAGCACUGAACUGUGAACAUCAGGCAAGGCUAGACAUUUAUGAGAAACUGGAGAGAGAGCUUGAUGAGAUAGUAAUGCAGACUGCAGAAAUUGAAAAUGAAGAUGAAGCUGAAAGGGUUCUUUUCUCCUAUGGCUAUGGUGCUAAUGUUCCCACAACAGCCAAAAGACGACUAAAGCAAAGUGUCCACUUGGCAAGAAGAGUGCUUCAGUUAGAAAAACAAAACUCGUUGAUAUUAAAAGAACUGAAACAUCAAAAGGACCAAGUAACACAGCUUUCACAAGAGCUUGACAGGGCCAAUUCGUUGUUAAACCAAGCACAGCAGCCUUACAGAUAUCUCAUUGAAUCAGUGCGUCAGAGAGAUUCUACAAUUGAUUCACUGAAAGAAUGUAUUACACAACUUGAGAAGGAUGUCAGCAAUUUAAAAAAAGAAAAGUCAUCUUUACUACAGACGAAGAAUCAAAUGGCAUUAGAUUUAGAACAACUUCUAAAUCAUCGUGAGGAAUUGGCAGCUAUGAAACAGAUACUCAUUAAUAUGCGUAGUAAGCAUUAUGGGGACAGCUUACCUCUUACUAAAAGGGAACCAAAAACUGUGAUGGAAAAUCAGAAAUCAAAGACUUCAGAUGUGCCUAGAGAACAUGAAGACAGUACGUUUAUACCCAAACCAACACUUUUUACCAAAAAAGAAGCACCUGAGUGGUCUAAGAAACUAAAGAUGAAGAAGACUUAGUGUUUCGGAUGUAUUUGUAACAUCAUUAUUACUCUGGAAGUUAUUUUUCUGAUGAAAAAAGUUUGUCUUAAUCAUGUACUUGGCAUUUUAAAAAUAACUAAUUUAAAGUUUAUUUAAACUAAAUGUUAAAUUAACAGAUUUCAGCAUAAUAAAAUGUAUAAAAUGUAAAAGAUAGUAUACUUUGUAUUGGUUUUGUCUAUUUUGAUACAGAAUAUGGUGUGCCCUGUUGAUUUAUAUUUUGUAGCUUUCAUAAUUGUUCAGUGCAUUUUAAAGUAUGUGGCUUAUAAAUAUUGAUUAGGUAUAUAUUUUCUAGACUAAAUAAAUUCCAAGUUUAAGAUCUCAUAAAACAAGUGCCAAGACACAUUACAUUAAAAAAAAAAAUGGAGAAUCAUCUGUGAAGUCUACUAGAAGGCAUUUCAAAUGCCUAAUAAUGGUGGUCAGAUACCACGUAAGUGGGUAUGGAUUGCUGAUUAUUUCUUUGGGCUCUAUUUUUUCUUGUAUUUCAUGUUAUUAUUAACCAAUAAAAUUUGGUGAAAAUUCUGUUAUUCUAUAGGUCAAAUAAAA